CACUGUGCUCUGCUGUUCUGUUCUGCUCUGUACUGUAGGUUGCUCUGCUGUCUGUCUCUCUGCAUUGCAGCCAGUGCUGGCUGCUGGAAGUCAAACCCAAAUGGCGACAUCCAGCCCCAGCAGUAACCCAGCAGCAGCCUCCAGCCUGAGCAGCAGCAACACCGCGCAGCACCACCCGACCCAAAGCCAGCACAUCACCACCAUGAGCAGCAUGCAAGACAUCGGCUCAUGCAGGAGAUUUCAGAGAGAUUCAGGGUUUCAGAUAAACCUGUCUGGACUUCAUCAAAGUAAACGUAAAGCCCUGAAGUUAAAUUUUGCCAAUCCUCCAAUCAAACCUACUUCCAGAAUCACUCUGAACACUGCCGGACUUCCUUUCCAGAACCCACACAUAGAGCGGCUGCGGACACACAGUAUCGAGUCGUCUGGAAAGCUGAAGAUCUCUCCGGAGCAGCACUGGGACUUCACAGCCGAAGAUCUGAAGGAUCUCGGCGAGAUCGGACGAGGAGCCUACGGCUCCGUCAACAAGAUGGUGCACAAGCCCAGUGGACAAAUCAUGGCCGUCAAAAGGAUCCGGUCGACGGUAGACGAGCGAGAACAGAAGCAGCUGCUGAUGGAUCUGGAUGUGGUCAUGAGGAGCAGCGACUGCCCUUACAUCGUCCAGUUUUACGGGGCUCUUUUCAGAGAGGGGGACUGCUGGAUAUGCAUGGAGCUCAUGUCUACCUCCUUCGACAAAUUCUACAAAUACGUUUAUUCCUCUUUAGACGAAGUGAUUCCAGAGGAGAUUUUAGGGAAAAUAACAUUAGCUACUGUGAAAGCACUUAACCACUUAAAAGAAAACUUGAAAAUUAUUCACAGAGACAUAAAGCCAUCAAAUAUCCUCCUGGACAGGAAAGGCAACAUUAAGCUGUGUGAUUUUGGCAUCAGCGGGCAGCUGGUCGACUCCAUCGCCAAAACCAGAGACGCAGGCUGCAGACCUUAUAUGGCACCGGAGAGGAUAGACCCCAGCGCUUCCAGACAGGGUUAUGAUGUCCGCUCCGACGUCUGGAGUUUGGGAAUCACACUGUAUGAACUGGCCACAGGACGGUUCCCCUACCCGAAGUGGAACAGUGUGUUUGAUCAGCUGACGCAGGUGGUGAAGGGCGACCCGCCGCAGCUCAGCAGCUCAGAGGAGAGACAGUUCUCCCCCAAAUUCAUCAACUUCGUCAACCUGUGCCUUACAAAGGACGAGUCAAAAAGGCCAAAGUACAAAGAGCUUCUGAAACAUCCUUUCAUUCAGAUGUACGAGGAGCGUACGGUAGACGUGGCCAGCUACGUCUGCAGGAUCCUGGAUCAGAUGCCCGCGUCUCCCAGCUCCCCCAUGUACGUUGACUGACACGCGAGCGCAAGACGAGACGCAAGCGUUGGUUUAAACAUUUGCUUCAUCACAGAACGGCAGUAUUAAAACAGGAAAACGUAUACGAGGGCAUCGCGAGCAGCACUGCGGUGUUCAAUUCAAGCUCGACUGUAAAAUACCUCCUACCCACGACUCUUUCUCUCUCUCUCUCUUACUGUCUCUCUCUCAUCACACACACAUACACACACACACACACACACACACACACACCUGUAAAGUGCAAACACACGUAUCUGACGGGACGCGCGGUGGCCUGAUCUCUCGCGGAUGCGCAAUAGUGAUUUUAAACAGAUAUUAAAUAAUGAAAUAAUAAAUAAGCCUGGAAUUGUAUUUAUACUUCUGAAAUCACUUGUGGAAUAUAUGAUUCGGAAAGCCUUCGACAUACUGGAAAUCUGCUCGUGUCUCGUCCCUCCUCUUCAUGUAUGUGAUAUUAAACGUGUUUUGUAUGUUAAGGUGAAUGAUGAUGCAGAGGUGGCCGGGGUUUCUGUAAUCCUCACUGUACAACGACUAUGUGCUGAUAUUAUAAAUAAAACUGAGGAAUAUGGAAACGA